AUGCAGAUCAAGACCCUCGUAAUCGCUCUCUUCGCCGGCAUCGCCAUGACCCUACCUACCGACCCGCCCAAGAACGGCGGCGGCGGCGGAAAGUACAAUGCAUGCCAGGGCAACGGAGGCCUUUACAGCAGUGCCCAGUGUUGCGCCACCGAUAUCCUCGGUGUUGCCAACUUGGACUGCGCCCCCAAUCUGUUCCAACUUCGGCCAGCAGCUUUACUUCCAUCUGUGCCGCGAAGGGUCAGCGUGCUCGCUGCUGUGUGCUCCCUAUCAUUGGCCAAGCUGUUCUAUGUCAGGGACCUGUCGGCGCCUAAUUGGGUUGUCGUGUACACUUAG